AUGGGUUUGCAGGCCAGGCAGAUUAGCUACCAACUGAUUCUUUUCGUUCUCUUACUUUCAAGUCUUGUUGCCAGCGCACCUUCUCCAGCUGCUUCUGAUGAGUAUGACUACAUCGUCAUCGGCAGUGGUCCUGGCGGUGGACCAGUCGCCGUCAAUCUCGCAAAAGCUGGCUAUUCGGUCCUCAUACUUGAGGCGGGAGAUAGUAGCGUAGCCAGCGGCGGGAGUCAAUAUCCACCAUCCAUCACCUGGGAUUUCUUUGUCAAACACUACGAGGAUGAUGAGAGAAACAAGAAGAACAACUUUGUCACUUGGAGGGCCCGCGAUGGCUCUUACUGGGUUGGGAACCAGAACGUUCCCUCGGAUGCAAAAUUACUUGGUAUUUACUACCCCCGUGGUGCCACCGUUGGAGGCUCUUCCAUGAUCAACGCCAUGGCUACCCUCCUGCCGACUGAUAGCGACUGGAACUACAUCGUGGAGCUGACCAAUGAUACUACAUGGACAGCCAGCAACAUGCGCAAGGUCUUUGAGACAAUCGAGAAAAACAACUACCUAUCAUCAGGUACUCCCGGCCAUGGCUUCAACGGCUGGUUUCAGACCAACAUGGACAUAGCCACCAGCGUCACCGGCCCCGUAGCCGGCGUUCUUACGGCCAUGGCUAACGAUCUCGGUCAAAAUCCCAACCAACUCCCUCAGCUCAUCAGUCGCGAUUCCAACGAACUUAGCCCAAAUCGAGACACCUCAGCUGGUAUCUACGGUCUCGCUCGACACACCCGCGCUAAUGGUCAGCGUUAUAGUUCUAGGGACUACAUCACCGAGACCAUCAACACUCACCAGUUCCCUCUCACAUUAUCGCAGAACUCUCUCGUCACCAGGAUAACCUUCAACACAUCUGGUAGCAAGCCACGCGCUACGGGUGUUGAGUACCUCGUUGGCAAGUCCCUUUACAAAGCCGACGCGCGUUACAACGCAAACGGCCCAAAGGGCGAGAGACGCACUGCCACCGCCCGCCGCGAGGUCAUUCUCUCAGGAGGCUGUUUCAACUCACCUCAGCUCCUGAAGCUUAGCGGCAUUGGCCCGGCCUACGAGCUGCAUAGAUUCAAUAUCACCGUCCUCGUCGACUCCCCCGGCGUCGGCACUAACAUGCAAGAUAACCAGGAGAUGCCAAUCGUCGGCACGCUUCGCUCGCAAACUGGCGGCUUCGGCUCAAGCGGCUGCGUCAUGUACAAGACCCAACGCGCCCCCUACAACGAGCGCGACAUGUUCUUGAUGCAGGGCCCUUAUGCCUUCCGUGGCUUCUGGCCCAGCAAUCAGUCCAACUACGCCCUGCCAACCGAUCCCGCUGGAAUAUACGGCGUGUCGAUGGUUAAGCAGCACCCGCAGAAUCGCGCUGGCACGGUGAAGUUGCUGUCUGCAGACCCACAGGACGUGCCCGAGAUCAACUUCAACCUCUUUAAACAGGGAAGGGAUACCGACAUGGGCGCCAUGAAGGACACCAUCGCCUGGGUCCGCCGCGUCUACGCCAAGGUCGCCGGGCCCUCGGGACCUAUCACCCCACGUGAGCCCCCGUGUCCAAAGGUCCAGGCCGACGGGGCGUGCUCUGCUCCCAACAUCGAUGAGGACUGGAUCGAGGCCCAGACGUUUGGACAUCAUCCAACUAGUACGUGUGCUAUUGGAGGAGAUGGUGACAAAAACGCUGUGUUGGACUCCAAGUUCCGCGUACGAGGGGUUAAUGGACUUCGAGUCGUGGAUGCGAGUGCUUUCCCAAGGAUUCCUGGCGUGUUUCCUGUCGUUGCUACGUUUAUGAUUAGUCAAAAGGCAUCUGAGGUCAUUUUGGAGGAGCUCAAUGGAUAA